AUGACUAUUCCUGUCAAGGGAGCAAGUGAAGGAGAUGUUGUUUUUCUUAAUCGCAUGAUUGAAUGGGAUAGUCAUAACCACAUGAUCCUCACAUGGAUUCGGAACACUUCCAUUCCCUCUAUUUCCAAUCUGAUGGGCAGCUUUGAUGAUGCAAAAUCUGCAUGGGAUAUGUUGGCUAAAAGGUACUCCACUACUCAUGGAUCCUUGAAAUAUCAGUUAGUGGACCAAAUUGACCUUUCUGAUCCAACUUGGACAUGCACAAAAGAUGCUCAGCAAUAUGCUUCCAUUAGAGAUGAAUUUCGCCUCUAUGAAUUCUUAAUGUCACUUCACAAGGACUUUGAGCCCAUUCGUGGUCAGCUACUCAAUCGCAGUCCUACUCCCUCUCUUGAUACUGCUGUAAAUGAGUUGGUUAGAGAAGAAGCUCGUCUUGCAACCCUUCAAGCCCAGAAUAAGCUCAAUGUUUUGGCUAUUACUCCAUCUACUCCACUCAUAGAGCAACCCCAGCAAUCAGGUGAUUCUUAUGGCUCUAGCAAUCGUCGCAAGCAGACCAACAAAAAGUUCUGCAACUAUUGCAAGCGUCCUGGCCACACCAUUGAGACUUGUUACCGUCGUAACAAAUCUACUGCUGCUGUUGCUAAUAUUGAGCCUACUCCGCCAAUGGCUUCCACCUUAGUUGAGUCCAAGAGAUCAUAG